UUUUUUUUUGGGAAGGGGGAUCAAAUGACUAUUACCCACAAUAUUUUUUUGAACCAUUUUUGUCGAAUUUAGCUUAGGUGACUGGUCGCAUUUUCUCCUUUUUCAUCUCCACACAAUUCUCUCUCUCCUCUCACUUUCUCUCUCUACAAAUCCAUCUAAAUUCUUGACUCUUCACUGUAGCAGCUUCAUAGCUAUGGCUUUCAGAAUGGGAGUUGGAGGGGGAAAUGCAUCUUCUGGGAUGGGUGUUGCUGAGCAGAGCGUAAGCACAUUUCAGGAAUUGCAGAGGAAGAAAGUAUAUCGCUAUGUGAUUUUCAAAAUUGAUGAGAAAAAGAAAGAGGUUGUGGUCGAAAAAACUGGAGGCCCUUCUGAGAGCUAUGAUGAUUUCACUGCAUCCUUGCCUGAAAAUGAUUGUAGAUAUGCAGUCUUUGACUUUGAUUUCGUGACUGCUGAGAACUGCCAAAAGAGCAAAAUCUUUUUUAUCGCAUGGUCUCCUUCCGUAGCUCGUAUUCGUCCGAAGAUGCUUUAUGCAACAUCAAAGGACAGGUUCAGAAGGGAGCUGCAGGGAAUCCACUAUGAGAUUCAGGCAACAGACCCAACAGAGAUGGAACUCGAAGUCCUCCAGGAGCGUGCAAACUAAGCACCUAAACAAACUGAAAGGGUUAUGUCUAAGUGGUGUAGUUAGGAUAUCUUAGACCUCAAGAAAUGUUUUCAACAAAUACCCUUUAAGUAGUAUUAUUAUGGUCUUGUCUUCUCUGACAUAUUUCAUAUAAGUAGCUUAGUUCAACUAUUCAAGUAAAUAACAUUCACCUGUGAAGGCUGAUACUGAUAUGGGUUCUUGCCUAAGAGACCCCUCUGCAGAGGAAUUUUAGCUGUUCCUUAUUGCCAUAUGAUGGUUCUCAGGUGGAAUUAAUAUGCUUAUUUUAUGGAUAUUUGAACUUAAAGUAUGUAUUUGGUGUGUCAUAUUUGUUGCCUGUUUCUUAUUCUUCUAGCUAA